UGCGCCCGUCGAAUCGAUCCUCAAGAGUGACUCUGACCCUUACGGCUAGCAAAGCAGUGAACGCAACGGAGGCUCGAUGGACACAUCUUUCUCGUAAUACGAGAUGUUGCGUUUUCCUUCGCGAUUUUUCUGACCGUGAGUCAAAAGAAGACGCGCAGAGGAUUGUAGAGAGUCAUGCGCGGUCCUCCACGAAGGUCGAUUAUCGUGUGGAUGACUCUAGCGUUCUUUUUACUUUUCGUUUGUCGAUUAUUGCUCGAUCGCGGUUAUCGUCUUCAUUUACUCUCGAUCGAAAACUCGAAAGAGCGAUCCUACUCAUUGUCAGUUAGGAAAAAUCGGGCGCAAUUAUUGAAUUAUCGAGAGGAUGGUCAGGGCAGAACGUCCGCGUAUAUCGCUGGCGCUUACAUGGCCGGUCGGCCAUCUGGAAAUGGAAGUUCUUGCAUUUGGUAUUAUGGCUUACCGCAUUCCCUCUCAUAUCCUUCCUCCAAGAUAAGCUGGACACCGGAGAUCGGCGAGAAGAGUCCGUAUAGGGUACUUCCCUUCGUUUUACGUGGCAGAGACGUCGACAGAGAAGAUGCACCGCCGAUAACUCUAUGCACUCACGCGACGGCCGACCAAGUUUACGGCAUCGUCGAACUCGCCCGCAGGUGGGAGGGACCAUUGAGCCUGGCCGUUUUCUCGCCCGGCCUCGACGCCGGCCUGGCCGUCGCUCUGCUCGAUCGUGCUUGUCGAUGUGAAACAGCCAUGUCCAAGGUAUCCGUCCAUUUAAUAUUUCCUGCGAGAAGAGUACCCUCCCUUGAUCGUGCCUAUCAAGAGCAAGCCGAUUGUACAGCGUCGGAUCUACAAUGGCGAGAAAUGGAGACCGAAAGAUGGAAGAGUGGUAUGACGUAUCCUAUUAACGUUGCCAGAAACGUGGCUAGAACGUCGGCCAAUACUGCGCGCGUUCUCGUAUCCGACAUUGAAUUGCUGCCUAGCGAGAGAUUAGCCUCUGGCUUUUUAGCUAUGGUCCAUGAUAGACCGCCAAAACUUGGUGUCGUCUUUGUUCUACCAGUUUUCGAAAUCGAUGCGAAUGAGCAGCCCCCAUCGACUAAAAAGGAACUCCUCUCUGCGGCUAAAGCUGGCUUGGCUGUUUACUUUCAUAGAUUCCUGUGCCCGCAUUGCCAAAGAUUUCCGGGUUUAACAAGAUGGAUGGUAAGGACAGAUCCAGGAAAGGUCAGACCCCUUAUCAUAACUCGUAGAGAGUAUCCGCAUCAUAGAUGGGAGCCCGUCUUUAUAGGCAUGCGAGAAGAUCCCCUUUAUACAGAAAAUAUGUCUUGGGAAGGAAAACAGGACAAAAUGGCUCAGAUGUUCGAGAUGUGUCUCUUGAAUUAUCGUCUAGUCGUACUCGAUGGUGCCUUUUUAGUACAUACACCAGGAAUUAAGCGCAAACCACAGAUUAUUAGUGUAGCGAGACAGGAAUUUUUGCGACCUCAUGAAAAAAGAAAUGCAAAACUUUAUCAACGUGUCGUUAAGAGAUUACUCGCGCAAUAUCCAACGAAUCGUAAAUGCACGCAAUGAUUGAUAUCUUACAUCGAAAUAUUCAUUUUCAAAUAAAAUAUGUAACAAUAAGAUAUUUUUUAACGUUUGUGAUAUAUGUCGAUCAUAACGUUAUACCUAUCUUUAUAGCGUGCGUUGCAAGGUGUUUUGUCUCGGAUCAAUUAGAUAGCAAUAAUAUAUAUAUAAUUAAUUAUUGAUAUUCUGAAAUAAUGAAGAACUAUUCAAAAAUAAACAAUAGUUAAUAAAUAAAACGUUAUGCGUAUCUGCAUCAUGAUACGAUCAAAACUUCUAUCCAAUACAAUCGCCUUUGUUUUACUUGCAUAACGGCACAACGAUUAUUGCGCGAUCAGGGAUAAAACGUAUAAUAUGUAUUUAAAAACGUAAGAAAAAAUU